AUGUCAGCCAGUAACCACGCUCAAGAAUCUCUUUCCGCCCUCUCGAUGCGUCUGGGACAAAACCCCCUCCUCGAAGCCCUAUACAAUGAAACCCAACGACUGACGAUAAACUCCGGCUCCGCACGAACCGUCGAGCAAGACGUAACCAUCAACGGCCGGACAUUCAAAGCCGGCGCGCACCUUCUCAUCCCGUACCGCCAGCUCGCCAUGUCUCAUCCACUGCUCGCGCACGACUGGGAUGGCUUCCAGCCAGACCGGUUCCUCUCUAAUCCUACCCUUGCACAUAGUAAGAGCUUCCUGCCGUUUGGAGCGGGGAAGCAUAAAUGUGUGGGCCGCUUCCUGACCAAGCGGCUAGCCCUAACUUUUACCGCGCUAGUCGUGCACCGGUUUACAGUGAGGCCGUUGGAUGAAGUUCCAGCUAUAGAAUUUACGCCGGUAACUUCGGGGCCUGGAGGGCCGGUAGAGGGGAGCGAUAUGCAGCUGGUCAUUUCCCAACGAGAUGUUCUAUCUUAG